AUGGAAUCAACCCAGCAGGUCGAGAAGCAGAGCGCGCAAGAGACUGUUUUCUCUUCAACACGCGGAAAUGUCGCGGACCUGGUUUUCCCAAACUUGACCUCACUUUGGCUGUCGCAAGAGCCUGAAGACCAGGCGAGCCUCAGACGACUCAACCAGGUUUGGGACGUGUUCGCCUCAACAUGGAGCCCUCAUGACAAGAUGUAUAUCUAUCGUCUCCUCCCGGAGGUGCGAACUAGCCCUACAAACCGAAAGGUCCCUAGUAACCACAAACUCUACAAACUCCACAAACACGACAUCACCUUCGGACUUUGGGUUAUUCUCCGAUGCAUAUACCCUGAUCAGAAACUUCCAGCUCUCAGACUUGCUCUCAUGGAGAAGUAUCCAGGUAUCGAUCUCAAUUCCUUCACCGGUCCUGUUCCCAAGGUUGUAUGCAUGUCUCUCGACAAACACACCGACGGAAAACGCGAACACAAGAUUUUGGCUCCUUAUUCUAAGAAGGAUAUGCUUGAGGAAGAUGAUAAUAUCACCCCCAGUGACUUAUCCGUCAAAGAGGAGGACUACACCUUUGACGAUACUGUAAUCCACACUCCGAAAUUUGAGCCUCACCUGGACCAGCUCCGCUCCACUAAGCCUGACAAGCCUUCCGCCCAGCGUUUGAAAGAGGUUGAGUCGAAAAUGCGUGGCAUGGUUCUUGGAGGACCUCACAGUGCCUCUUACAGCAAGUUUCUGGAGUCAAAGUCUAGCAAUGCGCCAACAGAUGUAUCUACUAAUGGUCCCGAUAUCACAAAGCUAUGCAUCAGUCCUAGCGCUAUGCACGAAGCAGACGUUGAACGCUCGGCUAGCGACGAAUCUUCUCCUGAGGACGACUCUGCCCAAACUGCACUUUCCGAAAAGCGGUUCCUCGAGUUGAAGAAUCUCAUUACCAAUGUUACAACCGAAUCGAAGCGAGGUGUUUCUGAGGAAAUGCGCAAGAUGCAUACCGAGACGACGAAGCAGAUCCAAAACAUGCACACCGAGAUGAUUGACCAGUUCAAGAAGAAUCGGCAGACGUUGGUUGAUAUUGGUAAACAAGUUGCUGAGAUACGAGCACAUAUCGAGCUUGCGCGUAUGGAUCGGAAAGAUCUGGACGAAGUUGAGGCCAGAGCCAUCAACCUUGAGCAGUUCAUCUUGUCACUUUGA